GCUCCAAGAUGGCGGCUUCCAGCGCUCCGUAUCGGACAUCAUCGCAUUUGAAAGCUAAAUAACACCGUCUCCCUGUCGUUUAACCGGAGGCAGAGCAGAAGAAGCCGAGGGAGCGAUAGUGAAACGGUUUCCCCAUGGUCUGUUGGUGCGAGGAGCCGGUGUUGCUCUGAAGGGGGGGGUCGUGUUAUCCGACUAUGGCAACCGAGAACAGGAUCAAUUUUUGGAGGAGAAACGCAAAGGUUCCCGGAAGGUAUCCCAAAGACACAAAACCCAAAUUCAACAAUCUCAAGUCUAAAAAGGCCUCUAGCUUCCAUGAGUUCGCCCGCAGCACUAACGAUGCUUGGGAUAUCGAUGAUGAGGAGGAUCAGGAUUUCCUCGGGCCCCCUGCCCAAACUUCAUCCCUGCCAUCGGGUCUGCACUCUACGUCCACGCAGAACCAGGAGCAGCAGAAUCCGGCCACUGACACUGGGGUGUCACACACACUCGCACCUGCCAGGACAGAAGCUCAAAGCCUCCAGGAUGUGCAGGAGGAGGAGUGCGAGCAGGUCAACGGCAAGGUUGUCAAGUCUAGUAGUGACGCCCACCUCAACACGUCCUCAGUUCGCUCCACACUGCAGAAGCAGCAGUCUCUCCCAGUUCGUCCCAUCAUCCCACUAGUGGCUCGCAUCUCAGACCAGAACGCGUCAGGGGCACCACCCAUGACGGUACGGGAGAAGAGCCGGCUGGACAAAUUCAAGCAGCUACUGGCUAGUCCCAACACUGACCUAGAGGAGCUCCGGAAGCACAGCUGGUCGGGUAUGCCAAGAGAAGUUCGACCAAUCACAUGGAGGCUUCUCUCUGGCUACCUGCCGGCCAACAAGGAGCGCAGAGAGUUGGUGCUUAACAGGAAGCGAGAAGAAUACUUUGGCUUCAUAGAGCAGUAUUACCACUCCAGAACAGACGAACACUAUAAAGACACAUAUAGACAGAUCCACAUCGACAUUCCAAGGACCAACCCUCUGAUCCCCUUGUUCCAGCAGCCCGUCGUACAAGAGGUGUUUGAGCGCAUUCUCUUUAUCUGGGCCAUCCGUCACCCAGCCAGCGGUUACGUCCAGGGAAUCAACGAUCUGGUCACACCCUUCUUUGUCGUCUUCCUGUCUGAGUUUGUCACGGAGGAUGUGGAGAACUUUGACGUGGCAGCGCUGCCUCUGGACACCCAGAGAAACAUCGAGGCUGACAGCUUCUGGUGCAUGAGCAAGCUGCUGGAUGGAAUACAGGACAACUACACCUUUGCUCAGCCUGGAAUCCAGAACAAAGUGAAAGCUUUAGAGGAGCUGGUCAGCAGGAUAGAUGAGGACAUUCACAAUCAUUUCAAAAAGUAUGAGGUGGAGUAUCUGCAGUUUGCUUUCCGGUGGAUGAACAAUCUGCUGAUGAGGGAGCUGCCGCUUCGUUGCACUAUCCGUCUCUGGGACACCUACCAGGCUGAAGCAGAGGGUUUCUCCCACUUCCAUCUGUACGUCUGUGCUGCUUUCCUCAUCGAGUGGCGCAGAGAAAUCCUCUCCAUGGUUGACUUUCAGGGCCUUCUUAUGCUACUGCAAAACCUUCCUACAAUCCAUUGGGGUAACGAGGAAGUGGGUCUCCUCCUGGCUGAAGCUUAUAGACUCAAGUACAUGUUCGCAGACGCACCCAGCCACUACAAGAGAUAGGCCUGAAGCUGCAUCCCAGCAAACACAGUACUUUAAUUUGAAAUCAAACUAGACUGUGACUAGAUGGACCCACUGUAUCUGACGUUCUCCUGACAUCAAGCGUUGUCUUUGAGGUAAACUGGAAGAGACUGACGUGUUCAAGUGAAGCUCCAGGACACGCGUUAUCUCAGCCACGAAACUUAUCCUGUGAAAAUGAAGUCCAGUGAAUGUCACGCUGGAGUUGGGUUUAUGGUGCACCCAUAGAGCUCAGUGAAUAUGAGACUAUUUGCAGCCAUCAUGCUGCGCUGUAUCAAUGGACUGUUACAGUAUAAAUACUCACAGCUCUGUCAUCUUGGUUUACUCAUACAGUUUUUGGCCAUGCAGCAUUGAUUGUCUCUCGAGUGAUAUGUACACGCUGUAAUAUAAAGGGAUGAUGGCUGUUUGUGGGAUCAGUACUAUAUAUAUGUUUUUUUGUUUUUUUUUUAAACUCAUUUCCAGCCAGCUGCCCACCCCCUCUCACUCCAGUCAGUUGGUUUCCAGUACUGAUAAUUUGGGUUGAAUUUCAGUAUGUCCUAAGAGUAGCAAAUAGUCAGGACUGUGUUUCACUUUCAAAGUGGAGAAACUGAUUUGGCAUCAGUUUGCCUUCUUGGUCAUUAUGAGCUGAAGAGGAAUAUUUUAAAUCACAAUGAGGCUCCUGGGUUUAGCUCGUAUAUGUCAUCAGUGGUAAAAUUUUAAUUUAAGUGCCUCUGAAUAAACCAGUUUUUGGUUAAUGUAGCCUUUAAAUUCCCCGUUCAUAUGUAAGCUGAAAGGAGUCUAAUUUCAUUUUGUAACUGGCAAAGAUUAAUUUAAAUUUUAUUAUAUUUUAGACAGUUGGAAUAGAGUUUUAAUUAAAGAUGAUGGCACAUAUUCACACUCUUACAACUGGCAUAAAUGAUAUCUAUGUUUUGUCCUGAGACUUAAUUUAACCAAACUUGAUUCUUUAUGCAGAACGAGUCUUUAAAGUCUUAUAAACAAUCUCUAUAAUCUAUGAAGUAUCUAAUUAGAUACCACUGUUAAAACCUGCGUAUGCAUAACAAGUAGUUAAAAACUUCCUCAGUUUAGAAUAAUUUUAAUAAUCGUUUAAGGGGUUGGAGAUAUUUUUAAAUAGAGGAAAAGCCUCUGCUGAUGCUAGUCGGUACUGAAGGACAUUAGUCACACCAUCCUAUCUGACAGUCUUGUGGACACGGUGCAGCUCAGACAACAUGACGAUGCCUUUGUUAUAAGCAUUUGUAAUGUCUUUUAAAGUAUAACAUGGAUAAAUUCCUCAUCAUUAACACUCGUAUUUUAUAUUUGCUUAAAGGUUCAGGUGAGGUUGACAUUUCCCAGUGAGUGACACGAUCCAUGAAUAUGUGCGUCACCACUCAUCUACCUUCAUUACCAGUGAUAAUUAUAACACAGUAUAUGUUUUGAAAGAUACGACAAUCAUUAGCCUUUGGUACUUUGAUUGCCCUAGAAUUGUUUUUAAGGUUUUUGCUUUGGUCAUUUGCCUCACAUUUGAAAACGUAACCAUCCUGAAGCAAGUGCUUUGUGAGGCUGUGAAAAUUGAACGGAGAAACAUCUGGCGUGAUUAAGAAUGAAUUAAUUCAGGAAUUAUUCAGUCCUUCUGAAGUGUGGCAGUUCAACCAUAGCUUGAAGUCUAAGUUUCUUUAUGGCAUUAUAUUCAGUGAAGUGCUUCUGAAGAUACUGUGGUACUUAAAUUUGUGAAAUAGAUCAUUUUUUUUGUUUUUGGAAAAGUCUAACACUGUGUCAUUUGCCUAUUUAUGGUUCAUUCAUUGUCAGUUAAGCCACCUAUAAUCUUGGGUUCUUUGUUUUCUGAAACAUGUUGAAUGUUCUUUUGUGAGUGCUUACAGUAUACCUUUAGCCUUAAAGUAGGUUUUCUUCAUUCAGGUGCGCCAACUGAUUGUGUCACAACCAUAAUGGUAUAGUUCACUCCAUGCUGUUUUUAUCUUAAGGUCACAUAUGUAACCCUAAAAGGCUGAUAAAUUGAAAAUGUGUUGACUUGUUUCAGAAGUAUUUAUGCUGUUUCAACAAUAAUAUGCCAAAUCUUUAUUGGGGUAAUCUGUUUUAGAGUGCUUCUGUAGUCAGUGCUGGCUUCAGCCUAAAAAAUAAGAAUUAUUAAAUUAUUACAGUACCUGCUGUAUAUUAACUUUUUGUUUAUAUUAAACGAUUGUUAUUCUACAUUUUGGCUUUUGUGUGUUGAUCAUAUAUUAAAGCUGGGUUACGGGAAACACAAA